AUGGACGCUGAAGGGUUUAUUCACGUGGACGUAAUUGCGGCUUUCAACAGGGUGCGCAUGCUCACCCUAGACAAGGCAUUCAUUCUCAGCUGCCUUGCCAACUCCACUUCACUCUCCCCUCCUCUCUUCCCCUUUCAUCCCUAUACACCCCCUUUCCCCUCCGCCCCUCCCCUAUCCUCCCCCUUUCCCCCAGGGCGAGAAGCUGAGGAGCGCAGUGACUGGAGCAACUGGUUGCUGCUUACUGCUGCCCACUGCUGCCCUCUUUAUCUCCCCUCUGUUCCCCCUUCUCUCCCCUCCGUUCCCCACCUCUCAGGGCGAGAAGCUGAGGCGGGUGAGAAGCUGAGGCGGCGGAAUGACUGGAGCAACUGGCUGCUGCCCACGGGGCACAUGCAGGCUGUGGUUCCCCACUCAGAGGACGCACCCAGUCAGGAGGGGGCAGGAGAGCAUGACUGGAGCAACUGGCUGCUGCCCACGGGGCACAUGCAGGCUGUGGUUCCCCACUCAGAGGACGCACCCAAGGCAGGAGAGGGAGGAGAGGGAGGAGAGGCAGGGAAGAAGGGAGGGGAGAAGGGGGAGGGGGAGAAGGAGGCUGCUGCUGGCGCUGACGAGGGGCAGGGAAAAGAUCCCGAAGGAGAGAAGGAAACCCCCGACGCUGCUGCUGCCACUGGUGCUACAGCCGCUGCUGAUGCCGCUGCUGAUGCUGCUGCUGGUGCUGCUGCUGGUGCCGAUGCAGCUCCCUCUUCCCCUGCUGCUACGCUCCUAUUCGCCCCUCGCAACAUCCCCUCAGCAGCGGAUGGGGAGGCUGAUGAUGAAGGGGAGGAGGAGGGGGGAGGGCAGCGGGCAAAUCGCGAAGGCACUCCUGCUAGGAGCGUUGGGAAGCGGCGCGGCAGCAGCGUGAAACGAGCCUCUUCCGGCCGCUUCUCAGCUAGCAAGUCCGGAGGGCUUUCGGCCGCGUUUGCCGCCGAAGCUGCAGGUUCGGGGGGCCGAACCGAGGGGUUGGGUUCGCUGCCGGGCCUGGCUGGGAAGGUGGCUGCAGCGAUUGAGGAGGCUGGGAAGGGGGGGGAAGCGGGGAAGAGUAAGGAGGAGAGGGAGAGGGAGAAGGGGAAGAGGGCUGCAGAGGAGAGUGAGGCGUUGACUGAGGCGAGUGAAGCUGAGGACACGUUUCAGUUUAGCGGGGACGAGCUUGGGGAGGGGAAGAAGCGGGCCGGCAAGCCCAGGAGGAAGCAGCGUGCCAGGUCGGAGGAGGAUACAACAGACGACUCUGAUUUCAACGACGUGAAUCCCAGCCUCAAGAACCUCGUUAUUGUCACACAGAGGCGCCCGGGGCAGGGCAGUGCGUUUCAGCAGCAGCAGCGUGGCGGUGUGAGGCGCAGCCAGGGCAGGGAGGAUGGGGCGAGUGGCAGCAGCUACGAGGGCGGGUCGUCGCUGGGUCCCAACUACCGCGCCAGCAGGCUGUCAGCGGAGAAGGGCGAGCAGUCAGGGACGGACGGGGAGGGGCCUGGCAGGUUCCACGUGGGCAGUCAGGGCAGCAACGGCAGCCCAGAGAACUUCAGCUCGCACGUUGCCCGCGGCCCCAGGGCCCGCCACCCCCAGCAGCAGCAGCAGCGCGCCUCCUGGACACCCGGCAUCGCCCACAUGACUGCAGCCGCCGCUGCCGCCGCCGCCGCAGCAGGAGGAGCGGCAGGAGCAGCAGGAGCGGUGGGAGGAGUGGGAGCGGUGGGGUUGGGGGCAGGGAGGGCGCAGCCGGUGCCUGUGUGGCGGCCGGGGCUGGGGGGGCUGCCUCCGAAUGCGGUGGAGCUGGGCGGCAGCAGUUGGCGGAGCACCAGCAGCUUUGGAUCGCCACAGCUCAUGGCCUUCUACUUCGGGGCCACUCCCCCUGGUUCCUACAGGGAGGGCGCAGCCGGUGCCUGUGUGGCGGCCGGGGCUGGGGGGGCUGCCUCCCAAUGCGGUGGAGCUGGGCGGCAGCAGUUGGCGGAGCACCAGCAGCUUCGGAUCGCCACAGCUCAUGGCUUUCUACUUCGGAGCCACUCCCCCCGGCUCCUACAGCCGGUGCCUGUGUGGCGGCCGGGGCUGGGGGGGCUGCCUCUCAAUGCGGUGGAGCUGGGCGGCAGCAGUUGGCGGAGCACCAGCAGCUUUGGAUCGCCACAGCUCAUGGCGUUCUAUUUCGGAGCCACCCCUCCUGGCUCCUACAGGGGCCACCUGCAGAGGUGGGGGAGUUGGGGGGCAGCAGUUGGCGGAGCACCAGCAGCUUUGGAUCGCCACAGCUCAUGGCGUUUUACUUUGGAGCCACUCCCCUUGGUUCCUACAGGUGUGUGCUUAGGAGGAAUGGGAGGGACUUGGGCGUUUUACUUUGGAGCCACUCCCCCUGGUUCCUAG